CGAAGUCGGCCGCGCAGCCCUGUGGGAAAUAGAGUCCUGGCGGUGGCGCGGAGGAUCCUGGGUGGAGCCUCUCAAAGAAACUAUACGCGCACCGGAAGUCGAUGCGAGGAGGCGCGUGUGAGGGGAGUUGAGUCGUUCGCUCCCUCGAGGCUGAAGUUGCGUCUGUUGACGCGGCCGACGACAAUCCCGAGCUUUAGGUGCGUUUACACCUGCUGUGAAAGCACAUACUGUACCAUGCUGGUGCUAAGACACAGCAGUGAGCAGGACAGAAGCUCCCACUGUGGCCAUAGACUUUCAUCACCAAAUCUCCUGAGUGUGUAUUUACUGAGUGCGUUAAGUGCUGACAGUGGUGGCAAAGCUGCUCCGGAGACUCACACUGGGACUUGUCCUCCUCCUGGACAUUUUGGGGGCUCGUCAGCAUGGACAGCGAGUCAGCCAUGGGCGGAAGGGAGGCUUUCUCACAGCUCCCUUGUGCUUCCCACAGCCUUGCCAGCCGGGAACACAGAGGGGAAGGAGGAGGAGCUUAAGAGAGGCUACUGAACCCCAGUUGGCCAUGGCUGAGGAAUUUGUGACCCUCAAAGACGUCGCCAUGGACUUCACCUUGGAAGACUGGGAGCAGUUCGGGCUGGACCAGGGGGACCUGUUCUGGGACACAGCAUUGGACAACUACCAGAACCUCUUCCUGCUGAACCCCCCAAGACCCAACCCGACCUCCCGCCCAGAUGGCAGUGAAGAUCUGGAGCCUCUGGCACGAGGAAGCCCAGAAGCAGUGGGCCCUGAUUUGGCUGAGACCACGAACUCUCCUCUGAUGCAGGAUUUCUUGGAAGAAGGACUCUCCCAGGAGAUUAUAGAGAUGAUUUCCAAGGAGGGCUUCUGGAACUCCAAUUUUGGAGAAACCUGUAUAGAGGACAGCUGGUUAGAUAGUUUGCUAGGAGAUCCAGAAAGCCUUCUGAGGUCCGAUGUUGCCACCAACAGGGAAAGUCCCACAGAAUGUGAGAGUCAGGAAUUAAAGAGAGGCUUCAGUCCUGUGUCCACCCUUUCCACGGGAGAAGGUAACAUGAUGCAUGUUUCUGAGAAGAGCAUCACACCAGCUGAAUCUAAGGAACAUACGGAUGAGUUUGGCUCCUCGGAACACAGCCAGCAGGAUUCUGUUCCGGAAGGGGAUAAACCAUAUAAAUGUAGUGAAUGUGGAAAAGGCUUCAGUGGGAGUUACCAUCUUAUCCAGCACUGGAUUACUCAUACUAGGGAGAAACCCACUGUGCAUCAAGAGUGUGAGCAAGGUUUCAACCAGAAUGCUUCCUUUUCUGUGUAUCCGAAAAGCCACACAGGCUACAAAUCCUAUGUGUGUAAUGAAUAUGGGACAACUUUUAGUGAGAGUACAUACCUGUGGCAUCAGAAAACUCACACUGGAGAAGACCAAUGUAAGAGUCAAGACAGUGACCACCCACCCAGUCAUGCCACACAGCCUGUUGAGCAUCAGAAAACUCACAGAAGAAGUAAGUCCUACAGCUGUAGUGAAUGCGGCAAGACUUUCACCCGGAUCCUUCAUCUUACUCAGCACCAGAAGAACCACACUCGGAAACGCUAUGAAUGUGCCAAAUGUCAGGCGACCUUCAACUUUAGAAAACAUCUCGUCCAACAUCAGAAAAUUCACGCUGCAAAAACUACCUCUGAGUGUCAGGAGUGUGGGAAGGUUUUUAGGCGGAGUUCGCUGCUCAUUGAACACCAGGCUGUUCACACAGGAGAGAAGCCUUAUAAGUGUAACGAAUGUGGGAAAUCCUUCAGCCAUACCUCUACCCUAAAGAUCCAUCAGAGAGUUCACAGUGGAGACAAACCUUACAAAUGCAGUGAGUGUGGGAAGGCUUUCUGCCGGAACACUCACCUUAGUGAACAUCAGCGAAUUCAUACAGGCUACAGACCCCACAAAUGUCAGGAAUGUGUCAGGAGUUUCAGCCGGCCCUCACAUCUAAUGCGACAUCAGGCCAUUCAUGCCGCAGAAAAGCCCUAUAGCUGCGCUGAAUGCAAGGAGACUUUCAGCCAUAACAGUCAACUUGUGCAGCACCAGAAAAUGCACACUGUCAAAACCCCAUAUGAAUGUCAGGAGUGCGGAGAACGCUUCAUUUGCAGCUCAACCCUGAAGUGCCACCAGAGUGUUCACACCAGAGAAAAACAAGGGUUUGUUUUGAGUGGGAAGAUCUUAGUUCAGAACCCAGCACAGACAGAGAAGUGCUUUAAGUGUAACAAAUGUGAGAAAUCCUUUAGCUGCAGCAAAUACCUAACUCAGCAUGCGAGGAGUCACACCAGGGUGAAGCCCUUUAAGUGUGACCAGUGUGGGAAAGCCUUUGGCCAAAGUACUCAGCUCGUUCGCCAUCAAAGAAUCCACUUUAGGGUGAGGCUGUCUAAAUGGGGUGAACAAGGGAAAGCCAUCAGCAGUGGCUCCCUUAUCAAACUUCAGUCCUCCCUCACCGAGGAGUACCCUUUUAAAUGUGACGAGUGUGGAAGGACCUUCAGCCAAAGGGCACGCCUCUCAAAACAUCAGUUAAUUCACACUGGAGAGAACCCCUUUAAAUGUAGCAUGUGUGACAGAGUCUUCAGCCAGAUAAACUACCUUGUUCAGCAUGAGAGAACUCAUGGCAGAAAGAAGCCCUUCCAGUGUAAUGAAUGCGGGAAAACGUUCCGUCAGAGCUCAUGCCUUUCUAAGCAUCAGCGAGUUCACUCAGGUGAGAAACGCUAUGUAUGUGACUACUGCGGGAAGGCCUUUGGCCUGAAUGCUGAGCUUGUCCGCCACCAGAGAAUUCACACUGGAGAAAAGCCUUAUGUUUGUCAGGAAUGUGGGAAAGCCUUCACCCAGAGCUCAUGCCUUUCUAUUCACCGGAGAGUUCACACUGGGGAGAAGCCCUAUGUGUGUGGUGAAUGUGGGAAAACCUUUGCCCAGAAAGCAAAUCUAACACAGCACCAGAGAAUGCACACUGGGGAGAAGCCUUACUCCUGUAAUGUGUGUGGCAAAGCUUUUGGGCUCAGUGCCCAUCUCAAUCAGCACCUGAGAGUUCACACCCAGGGGACACUUUAUCAGUGUCAACAUUGCCAGAAAACCUUUCAGUGCCACUCGAGUCUCAACCGCCAUCAGCGUGUACACAUCAGGCAGCAAUACUGUCUGUAGCCAUUGGGUGGUAGCAGAGUCCCAGAAUAUGAGACCAUGUUCGUUGGAUGUCGAAAGUUGGAAACCAUCCCAUUGCAAGUUUCCCUCCAAAUAAAUACAUCUAAAGAUUGAUUAGAAAGUUUGUGCACACGAGUUUCAUUAUGACAAUGAAAACACAAAAAUGGAGAAGGUGUACAGUGUCAGGAUUCAGAGGUAGGCUCUGGAGCCAGUCUACCUCAGUUAAAUCCCACCUGUGUCGUCUGCUACCUAAGUGACCUUGAGAAAGUCAGAAAAAUCUCACAGGGCCUCAGUGUCCUCAUCUGUAAAAUGGGCAUCACCUACCUCAGAGGGCUUUUUUUGAGGAUUAAAUAAAUAAAUGUGAAGCACUUAGAACUGAUGCCCAGCACAUGAGGGCUCACCAAGUAUGAGCCACAAAUACACGUCAGCUAUAGCACAAAUAGACUGGUGUCAUGGGAAAAAAGGAAGCAGUAAUUUCUCUGUGUUUACUGUAGGUAAUGUUCUUAUAAUGUAUAGCUUUUAAUUUAAGUUUUCCUUUGUUAAGGUUUUUCUCCAGCACCUUACUCUUCUUAAAUGCCUGGCCUUUUUUGUCCCUUCAUCUCUCUUUCCCAGUUUUUUUUCUUAACCCCCAGAAAGCUAAGAACCUGUAAACACCUAACCUCAACUGGCUAAAACCUUCCACUCCUAACCUCCGAAGCCUCUCACUCACAGCGGACAUGCUGCCUCUUCCGAUGACCUUCCUCCACUUAACAGUAUUGGUUAUGCAAUAGGACACCCAAUUUGUUGUGGGAGUUGACACCAAAACACAGCUGGAUUCCAUCAGGAAAGCUGCGUUGAUCAAGGUGUUAACCACAUGUGAGACACAGCCCUUAUGGAAGACAUGCUUGGGGGGUCAAACCUGCAGUGUGUGGAGGUGACUGCUGCGCUGUCAUUCGCCAUUUAUCCAAGAUGGCCACUCACCCGGCAAUUUGCGAGGCUUGGGGUGCUCCUGCUCUGAAGCUUCCUUCUGGAAUCGGGGAGAUGAAUGAACCCAUUUUCAUAGACGAUUGCUGUUAAUUGACAAGUGACAUUUUAAAAACGCCACAUUCCCUCAUAGCACAGUUCUGGGAUCACCAGGGAUUGUUGGAGAGUCCAGUGAGAUGGGACCACACAGCCAGUUUCCUCCUGACAGUGUUUUGUGAGCUCCGGGCUUUUGUGGCCUACCAAAGUGGCUCAGUCACACAUUUGGUGGAAACACAGUAGUCUUAAGGAAAGCACUGAGCACUGAUACUUUCCUAUUUUAGGCGCUUAAAAUGGUUAGGGGGUAAGUGCUCUGUACACUCAGGCUUUCAAGUCUUGCACCUACAGUUCUGCUGCUUAAGUUUGUUAAACUUGGUUCAAACUGGGAACCUAUUGGCUAACCCCAGUAUACUGUUUUUCAAAUGGCUGCAACAUUUUAACUUCUUGUACAUGGUUCCUGUCCCCUGGAGCUCUGUCUCACAUGUUAAAUACCAAAAGAGUGUACAAAGUGUUGCAGGCUGGAACACAAUGGAGACUCUGGAAAAUUGGCAGCUAUUGGGGGUUGGGGGCAGCCUCUCUAAAUCAGUCACUUUUGUUGCUUCGGGCCGGGGUAGAAACGCCCUCCAUGUGUGCAUGUUUGUUGGUUCUCUGAUUAAAAUUUUGAGUCUAAAA